UGCUGUGUUCUACCACACAAGUCCAACCCUACCUCAUCGUGGUGUGGUGGUGAACAGAAUUCUAGACUAAUGCCAUCAGAAGUUAGCCUUAAAGACAUCCACUCUGUCAAAUGUUUGGGUGGUAUUAAAAAAAAAUAAAACAAACACUCUGGUUGGUCAUUUAUGUCUAGACUCUGGCCAACAGGGCUCUGGCAGAUAUCCUGAACCAGAAGUUGAACCCCCAGCCAACAAGGAUAUGUUUAAUAACUUGAACCAAAAGUUUAUCUGGUUAGGAAGAAAUAAAGACAAACACAUUGGCAAGAUUUACGUAUCAAAUCACAUAGAUGAUUGAAAAAGUUAUUCAAUAAAGCAAAAUGCAGCUACAAUGGUCAUGAAGCUUCAAGUAUUUAUACAAGAAGUCAAUAAUAUAUUAGAGGAAGCUAGUCAGCAAGCUUUGCAAAAUCUUCCUAGAGUGGUGCGUGAGUUGGAUGCUGUAAAACAAGAAGCUUCUUUACUUCAGGAUCAAAUGCGGACUGUUAAACAAGAUAUUCAGAAGGUGGAACAGGACACGUCACAUUCCAUGCAGGCCUUGCUCAAGUUAGACAGGAUCAAGUCACGCAUGAAGUCAACAGCUGAUGCUCUCAAGGAAGCAGAUAAUUGGACAACACUUAGUGCUGACAUGGAUGAAGUCUUCCAGUCACAGAACAUAGAUGAUAUAACUAGUAAAUUGUGUGGGAUGCAACAAAGUCUGCACAUUCUUGUUGAUACUCCAGACUAUGCAGAGAAAUGUCAGCAUCUAGAGAAACUGAAAAACAGAUUGGAGGCCAUGCUUAGCCCACAGUUGAUUGCUGCAUUCAAUGCUCAGUCUUUAGAUCAGACCCACAAGUUUGUGAAAAUUUUUGAAUCUAUAGAACGCUUACCACAGAUGUACAAAUAUUAUCACAAGUGUCAUAAGAACCAUCUCCUACAAACCUGGCAGUCUAUCUGGGAGGAAGACAAAAGUAAGACUGCUCUGAGUGACUUCUAUGACCUACUUUUGUCCACCUGGCACACACAGGUCAAAUGGUGCACUCAAGUUUUUACUCAUCCUGUUAUUAUUGUCCUUGACCUGUUGACAGAGACACUGAACACCCUCCAGCCACCACUGGGGAUAGUAUUCAAUACAUUAGUUGGGGAGAACAAGCCACUUGACACCCUGGUGGACUUGAAACAGAUAUCUGACAGAUGUGUAAAAAAUUUAGAAUCAGCAGUAGAUGGUUAUGUUCAAGGCUCAACAUUUCAGUAUACUGUAAGUCUACAAAACUUACUUAAAGCUAUUUACAGUCCCUACCAAACUUACACCAAUAAGUACAGGAUCUAUGAAGAAGUAGCUCUGACGAAACACCUCGAUUCCAUCAGGCUUGAUCAUGAAGAAGUCAUUGAUACUGUACAGUUAUUAUCAGAAUCUGUGACAAAAUUAUUUUCUGCUGCUAGUGAGGCCAAUGAUCGAUGUCAGAAGUUAACUAAUGGCUUCUGCUACUUGGGACUUCUAGAUGCAUACAGGACCUACAUGAUAGCAUACACAAGAGAAUUCCGCAGAGUACUCAUCAACAUCAGAGAAAAGUGCCACCUAGGGGCAAAAACAGACUCAGAAGAUUGGUCAGACUUCCAGAAUUCCCUCAGAAUCAUACAGACUUGUGGCAAUCUGUUGAUGCAAACUGAAGACUUGGAUGCUUUAGUGGCCAGUAGUAUCCUCGAAAGUCUUGGUCAUUUAGUGUCCUGUCAUUCUCCAACCAAGGAAGUAGAUAGUGUUGUAGUCUCAGUCUCUCAUACAUUCCACUUUCAAGCAUUGUUGUUUCUUGUGUCUGAGUCUGAAGUAGAAGCUUUGGAAGCAAUGGUACACAAGUUGGAAGAUGGUGAAAGUCCCCCAGUAUUCACAGAUAUACAAAAUGACCUAAGUAAACUCAGCAGUGAGGUCCACAAGUUUGCUUUUGACAUUGUCUUUAGUCAACUGAAAACUUACCUCAGCAGAGUCUCUGUCAUGGAAAUUUGGACUUCACAGAGUGCUGGUGGUGCUUUAACCUCUGACUUACCAACCUUUAGCCUUUCACCUCAAGAAUACAUUACUAAGGUUGGUCAGUAUUUAAUGACAUUGCCCCAACAUUUAGAUCCCUUUACACUGCAGGACAGCCCUGCACUCACAGUGGCUCUCAAACAUGGCAGACUUCCUUUCACUAAUCAUCAAGAGGUUCCAGAACACUUGGCUGACCUUUGGCUAGAGUCAGUUGCCAUGGGAACCAUGCACACUUAUGCAGAAGAGAUUCUUAAAAUACCUCAGCUGACACCUCAUGGUUGUAAGCAACUUAUAACAGAUAUAGAUUACUUGUGCAAUGUCUUGGAAGAUUUGGGCUUGAAAGCUUCUGAGACCUUGACCCACAUCCAGACCUUGCUCCAGACAAAGCCAGAUCAAUUUGUUGAUACAGCGGAACUUAUGCCACAGAGGAUCUCCCACACUGUAGCUAACAUGAGGGGCAUCCAAGUGUGAACAACACAUUUUGUUUAUACGUCACAUUUUAACACAGUAAAAUUAUGUUCCAUUCAUUGGACAAUGUUUGGUCAA